AGACACCUCCCGGCCAGGGUUAGCAGACGUGGUGUUCACGCGGUGCUCGCGCUGCUGGAGUGGGGGCCGGUGCUGCGCGUUGUUUGGAGUGGCGUUCUAACCUCAAGAUAGCCUAAACAAAUACGAAGAAAUCAGGUCGAAAUUUGCUUUAUGCAAUGGACAUUCGACUGAUAGCUCUUAUGACUAUAUGCGUAACUAUUGUGAGCGUCCAUGCAGUGCAGAUGCUUGUUCUCCUAGCUGUGAGGCAAAGAUUUGCCAGAAGACGAGCUCUUUUGUGCCGGGAAUUAGACUUCCAGCGUCGCCUGUUCUUGAGGCGCAGACGGAGACGUAUUGUUGCGUUGCUUGCUUCAAAACGCAGGAGGAAGCAGGGAGUGAAAAGGAGCACUUCUAGUCAUUGGUGGGAUAAAACAGUUCCCUUGUUCAGUGAUAAGGAGUGGCUAGAAAACUUUCGUGUUCGCAAAGGUACCUUCGAUUGGAUUUGUUCUCGGGUUCAUGACCUCCUUGCACCCCAGCCCAACCCUGUGAUUGCAGGGCAAGCGUUGUCUGUAGAGAAGAUUGUUGCAAUAGGUCUCUACAAACUGGCUCAUGUCGCUGAGUAUUUAGUCAUAGGGAAUUUAUUUGGCGUUUGUAAAUCAACAGUUCACAACUGCCUCUAUGCGUUCUGCUAUGCUGUCACAGAAGAGUUAGGUGACACAUUCAUUCGCUUCCCUGAUGCUGAGGAGGCUGCACAUAUUUCUAGGCGUUUUGAGGAGAUGUCUAAUAUUCCUCAGCUUAUAGGAGCAAUUGAUGGAUCCCACAUUCCCAUUACUCCCCCAAGAGAAGGGAAUUCUGACUUCAUAAAUAGGAAAACUUAUCAUUCACUAGUGCUCCAAGGUAUUGUAGACGAUCAGUAUUUGUUUAGGGACAUAUCUUGUAAGAUGCCAGGGGCCUGUCACGAUGCUGAUGUAUUACGAGACAGUACCUUCUACAAAAACCAUGACAAACUGAUGCCAAAAGGUACAAGAAAUGUUAACGGAAUGGACAUUCCGUACAUGAUAAUGGGAGAUCCUGCUUAUCCUCUAAUGCCAUGGCUUUUAAAAAAUUAUACGUAUGACAAAAACACGACCCCUGUAAUGGAUUCUUUCAAUGUGUACAUGAAUAAAGCCAGAGUUGUGGUGGAAAAUGCCUUCGGUCGCUUAAAGGCUAGGUGGAGAAUUUUGGGAAGGCGCAGCGAUAUUAAUUAUAAAUUUGUACCUAGGGUGGAGGCUGCUUGCUGCAUCUUGCACAACAUAUGUGAACUUAGCAAAGAAACCUUUCAUAACAGGUGGCUUGCUGCUCUUCGUGAAGAUGAGCGAGAAUUUCCACAGCCAGAUACAAUACCUCAUGACACAGAAAAUCAAUACGAUGCAGUUGAUAUUCGUGACCAUCUCAUGCUGUAUUUGUCUGAGAAAUGUGAGGUCCUUACCUCCAGCAGGGGAAGAUGUGUGCAACAGUCGUAGGGUUUCUCACCCAGUUUUCGAAUGAGGAAUGAGCCUUCAGAGUACUGUAAAACCCUGUAAAAGUACUGUAAUGAUAUAUUGAAAUACGUACUAUUCUUAAGGGACCAAUCAUGUACCUUCCAUCUGACUACAGCCCUGUACAUCCCUUGCCCAAAUAAAUCAAAUUUGAAUGCAGAUUGUAAAGCUGUCUUAUUUAUAUCAGUGUAACCCUGAAAUGUUUCAAAUCACACAGAAUAUAACUGUCAAUAACUGUUAAUUUACCUGGCAUAUAACUA